AUGUCAGUAUACACCGCACAUAAUAGAAAUAACAGGGAUAUCCUUGGUAUACCUUCUUCCCAAAAGAGUUCAUCACUGAAUGUCCUCACCCAUAGUAGCAGACGUAAGCUGCAUUUGAAUUCGGGUAUGUCAGAAUGUGAAAAUGAUGAUCCAUUAUUGAGAUCUGCAAAUAAAAUCAGAGACAUAAAUAGUACUUAUGUGAUUUCUGCCUGUAAAAAAACAGGAGAGGUACCUCUUACCCCUGACCCUGCUGGUAGAUUGGCACUUCAGAGAAGAGUUACAAGGAACAAAGAAUCAUCUUUGCGUGGCAGUGAGUUGGGGGACUCAACUGAAAAAACUGCAGAAACACGUCUUACGUUACAACGUCGUGCUAAAACAGAAUCUGUGGAAAAGUGGAAAACAGCUCAAACAGAAUCUUGGAAAACAACACAGAAUGUGGGAAGCCCAACAGAAAAUGAUUGUGCUUCCCUGGAAAUGAGGAGAAAGGUAACAAUUGUAAAUAAUGGUAAAGACUCUUCCGUUGCAUCUUUUGGACCUUUAGCCAAAGACCGAAAAGACAUUGAAAUGAUGGCUGAUGAAAAACACAAAGAAACGUUUUCUGCCCUCCUUGAGGCAAAUGAACAUGUCACACUUCAAUACUUAAGUAAUAGAGCACCCACUGAUUGCCAGAGUCAGACUAAAGUUGUUCCAUCCGGACACUUGGCAACAAAGCCUCUUCAGAGCAAGUUGAACAUCAAAGUGCCAGGAACAGGAAACUUGCAUCAUAGAAGUAUUGGGAAGGAUAUAGCAAAAAAUUCAAAUAAAUUUGGAAGCUUAGAAAAAAGAACACCUACAAAGUACAUUGUAGGACACAAAUGGACACCAAAGUGUGGCACGCCACAGCUUUCGAGCCCAGCUGCAUCGAUACUGAAAAAUAGGGUGCCUAGCCUCCAAGUUAAACAAAAGCCAAGAAGUUCUCUUCUAGCAAAUGAAAAGGAAAGGUCACAAGAAAAUACACUCCUUCUUGAAGAGGAAACAACAGGUCGGAACACCUCGAUAGAAACAGACCCCUUAAAAGUAGAGAACAGUCAAGUGACAGUGGCAAUACGUGUGAGGCCUUUCAGCAAGAGAGAGAAGGUUGAAAAAGCAUCCCAGGUGGUCUUCAUGAAUGGGGAAGAAAUAGCUGUGGAACAUCCUGACAUGAAACAAGUUUAUAAUUUUAUUUAUGAUGUUGCAUUCUGGUCUUUUGAUGAAUGCCAUCCCAACUAUGCUAGCCAGAUGACUGUUUAUGAGACGCUAGCGGUACCCCUCCUAGAGCGUGCCUUUGAAGGCUACAAUACCUGUCUCUUCGCUUAUGGUCAGACCGGCUCUGGAAAAUCAUAUACGAUGAUGGGACUUAGUGAAGAACCAGGAAUAAUUCCAAGGUUUUGUGAAGAUCUUUUUGCUCAAGUAGCCAAAAAACAAACUCAAGAGGUCAGCUACCACCUUGAAAUGAGCUUUUUUGAAGUAUAUAAUGAAAAAAUUCAUGACCUUCUGGUUUGUAAAGGCGAAAACGGGCAGAGAAAGCAACCACUGAGAGUAAGGGAGCAUCCUGUCUCUGGACCGUAUGUUGAAGCUUUGUCAAUGAAUGUUGUCAGUUCUUACUCUGAUAUCCAGAGUUGGCUAGAAUUGGGAAAUAAACAAAGAGCGACUGCUGCUACUGGUAUGAAUGAUAAAAGCUCCCGAUCGCAUUCAGUUUUCACCCUGGUGAUGACCCAGACCAAGACGGAAUCUGUGGAAGGGGAGGAACAUGAUCACAGAAUAACGAGUCGGAUAAACCUGAUAGAUCUGGCGGGCAGUGAGCGCUGCUCCACAGCUCGAACUAGUGGAGAUCGACUGAAGGAAGGUGUGAGUAUUAACAAGUCCUUGCUCACAUUGGGAAAGGUUAUAUCUGCACUUUCUGAACAAGCAAACCGAAAGAGAGUUUUUAUUCCUUACCGUGAAUCUGUUCUUACAUGGCUGUUAAAAGAAAGUCUGGGUGGAAAUUCAAAAACUGCAAUGAUCGCUACCAUCAGUCCUGCUGCCAACAACAUUGAAGAAACAUUAAGCACACUGAGAUAUGCCAGCCAAGCCCGUAUGAUAGUCAAUAUCGCCAAAGUAAAUGAAGAUAUGAACGCUAAGUUAAUUAGAGGUAGAAAAAAGGAAGAGUGCAUUCUAGGAAAGGAAAAUUGUCUGAGAGUAAAGGUGCAGAAGUUUAAGAAAGCAGGAAUUACAUUUCAAAUCGACAACCAUUUGCCAAACCUAGUCAAUCUCAAUGAAGAUCCUCAGCUAUCAGAGAUGCUAUUAUAUAUGAUAAAAGAAGGAACGACGACAGUUGGAAAGUAUAAACCAAACUCAAGCCAUGAUAUUCAGUUAUCUGGGGUGCUGAUUGCUGAUGAUCAUUGUACUAUAAAAAAUUUUGAUGGAAUAGUGAGUAUCAUCGCAGUUGGAGAAGCAAAGACAUAUAUAAAUGGAAAACAUAUUUUGGAAUCCACAGUAUUACAUCAUGGUGAUCGGGUGAUUCUUGGUGGAGAUCAUUAUUUUAGAUUUAAUCAUCCAGUAGAAGUCCAGAAAGGAAAAAGACCAUCCGGUAGAGAUAUUCUUAUAAUCGAGGGUCCAAAAGACUUUGAAUUUGCAAAAAAUGAGUUGCUCAUGGCACAAAGAUCACAACUUGAAGCAGAAAUAAAAGAGGCACAAUUGAGAGCAAAGGAAGAAAUGAUGCAAGGAAUCCAAAUUGCAAAAGAAAUGGCUCAGCAAGAGCUUUCUUCUCAAAAAGCUGCAUAUGAAAGCAAAAUAAAAGCAUUGGAAGCAGAACUGAAGGAAGAGGCUCAAAGGAAGAAAAUGCAGGAAAUAAAUAACCAAAAGGCUAACGACAAAAUUGAGGAAUUAGAAAAGGCAAAACAGCAACUUGAACAGGAAAUCUAUGUCAACAAAAAGCGAUUAGAAAUGGAGACUUUGGCUGCAAAACAGGCUUUAGAAGACCAUAGCAUCCGCCAUGCAAGAAUUCUGGAAGCUUUAGAAACUGAGAAGCAAAAAAUUGCUAAAGAAGUACAAAUACUACAGCAAAAUCAAAGUAAUAGAGAUAAAACUUUUUUAAUUCAGACCAAUUGGAGCUCCAUGAAACUCUCAAUGAUGAUUCAGGAAGCCAAUGCCAUCAGCAGCAAAUUUAAAAAAUGUUAUGUUUUUGGCAGACAUGACGUAUCAGAUAAAGGAAGUAGUUCUGACACUUCUGUUCGUGUUCGUAACCUACAACUAGGGAUCUCAACUUUCUGGAGUCUGGAAAAGUUUGAAUCUAAGCUUGCAGCAAUGAAAGAACUUUAUGAGAGUAAUAAUAGUAACAAGAGUGAAGAUGUCUUUUGUGAUCCUGAAGAUGAAUGGGAACCUGACAUUACAAAUGCACCAGUUUCUUCUUUUUCUAGAAGGAGGAGCAGGAGCUUGAUGAAGAAUAGAAGAAUUUCUGGUUGUUUACAUGAUAUACAAGCCCACCCAAUUCAGAAUUUGCAUUCUUCCCAUUCAUCAGGCUUACUGGAGAAAUCGAGCACUAUUUACUCAAGUUCAGCAGAAUCUUUUCUUCCUGGAAUUUGCAAAGAAUUGAUUGGGUCAUCCUUAGAUUUUCUUGGACAGAGUUAUGAUGAAGAAAAAACCAUGGCAGACAGCCUGAUUAAUAAUUUUCUUAAAAUUUAUCACGGGCUAUUUGCCAUUUCCAAAGCUCAUGAAGAACAAGAUGAAGAAAGUCAAGAUAACUUGUUCUCUUCUGAUCGAGCAACCCAGGCAUUUACAAUCCAGGUCACAUGUGCUUUUGAGCAGCUUGUGGUGCUAAUCAAACAUUGGCUAAAGGAUACUCCACCUUGUACCAGCACAGCAAGACUUGAAGAUGAAUUGAGACAAGAGGUUAAAAAACUAGGAGGCUACUUACAAUUGUUUUUGCAGGGAUGUUGUUCAGAUAUCUCAUCAAUGGUAAAGGAGGCUCAAAAGAAAAUAAUCCAAAUUGUACAACAAGCUGUAAAGUAUGUGGGACAGUUAGCCGUUCUUAAAGGGAGCAAGCUGCAUUUUCUGGAAAAUAGUAGCAACAAGGCUGCCAGUGUUCAGGAGGAUUUCAUGGAUGCUCUUUGUGAUGGUGUAGGCUUAGGAAUGAAGAUCCUAUUAGAUUCUGGAGUAGAAAAAGCAAAGGAACUUCAGCAUGAACUCUUAAGGCGAUGUACCCAAAAUGAGGUUGCCAAACAGAUGAAAGCUAAAGCCAUGGGAUUGAUUGGAUGUCUUGAAAACAUGUUUGCUGAGUGGAAAACAGAUGAUAUAAUCGGGCAUUCUAAAGCAAAUAAGAAUUCGGUGACCCCAAAAAGGUACCAGAUUAAAAACUACCAAUAA